AUGAACAACGCCACGGACCCUCCGAGGGAUUCGUGCACGUCGACUUCACGACCUUCCGACUCCAUGAGAUGGUCAUCGUCCACGACACUCAUUGGCGGCUCACGAGCUAGCAAAAGUAGACGCACACUCGAAAGCGUCAGCCGCAACGAUUGGGAGUCACCGAAUUCAAGCACCGAGAAUCAGGUCGUCGACACCGCACAAGUUGGCGAGCAGCUCCGACAAUUAGUUCACCGGGAGAUCUUCCGUAUCGAUCGAAAUAAUCUUCCAGCUUUGCUUGGACUGGAUGUGGAGAGGACGGAGGUGGUUGUGCAAGGACUGAGACCGGAAUUGUGCUUCAGCAGAGACGAACGCUUCGUCUUGCCGAGGAAUCAAAUGGACGAUAUCGCUUUAAAGCUCCAAGCUCAAGCAUCAGACCAUCCCGUCGACCUACACGCAUUCGCUAUCGAACAUGACGUUACCGUCCACAGCCUCAACAACCUCAUCGAAGCUCGUGCGAAUCGAGACUGGCCUCGUGUGAUCAUCGACGUCGACCAGCACUCAUAUCUCUGCAGCCACGCCUUCACCGACAACAUCAAACGAAAAGUGGCGGACGUUGUGACAGCACCAGGCACUGGGGCCCGCGACUUGACGUCUGCAGUCGGCCACGGCGUACCCUCAGCGGUGCUGGUGGCACUAGCAACAGAAGCAACAUCCGGCAAAGGAGGUGAAGUCCGCUUCGCCGGCGACCACGUCGUCUUCAUCCCCUCCUGCUCCUCCUGCGUCGAAGACAAAGAACGCCACCAACACCAACAAGAAGAGCAGCAAGCACAAGAAACCUUCCUCCACCUCAUCGAAUCCCAACUCUGGUGUCCCCUCCACCUCUACGCCGCCGGCAUAAUCGAAACCCAAGACCCAACCCUCAAAUCCGACCUCGAAGCCGCCGCCACCACCCACUUCACGCAAACCGUCAUCCCACACGUCCUCACAACCGCAACGACUCAAAACCUGCUCCACAGCCCCCGACGCCAAAAUAUCCACGCCCAACUCACCCAAGCCCAAUCCACCAUCCUUACCUUCUCCCACCUCCAAACAACAAUCGCCUCCCUCGGCACAACCCUCUCCCUCCCGCCACCCACCGCCGCCCUCGUCCUCGCCACCAAAACCGCCCUCCUAACCACAACCGCCCAAAACGUCCAAUCCCUAACCCGCGGCCUCGACAUCCUGCAGAACCUCAUCUGGAUCCUCCUCGCGACGUCCGGGCCGGGGUUGUUCAUGUCCUCGGUCAAGUACACGAGUCGGAUGAUUAGGUUUUAUGAUGAGGUGGGUGAGGAUUCGGAGGUGGCGGGCAUGCUGAAUUUGUGGUGGGAUAAGGUCAGGGAUGGGAUGGGGGAUGGGGAGGAUUUGAGGCAGAUGAGGGAGUUGGCGAGGGAUGCGGUGGAGGCGUGGAGGGAGGAGAUGUAUGGAUGA